GUCUAGAAGAAAAAACAGUUCUUUCCAAAAAAGAAAAAAUGAAGCUGAGGAAGGAAAGAUGGCUACAAAAAAUAGAGAGUGUGAAGCUAGCCAAGCAGAAGCAAAAAGCCGAAGCCAAGCGGAAGGCAACACCUGUGGUGGGAGACAUGCAGCCGCUGAUGGAAGCCCUGCCAGAGCUCUCUGACCUGACCGCAGGUGGCAGGGGCAGGAAGCCACCCAAGAGCCAUGUAAAGGCAAAGGCAGAACCUGCAGACUUCUGUCUGAUGAAACCAGCUCAGAAAUGCCGGCUUUUAGAGGAGGAAGUGGCUCGGUUUCAUGAGGUCAUCGCCGAUCCCAGGUACAGAGCCAACCCCCUUAUGGCCAUCAGUGAGCAUCUCUCCAAGAGGCUGAGGCAGGAGGAAGAAGGUAAACCCCUCUGA